AUGGACACCCUCCACCUGCUGCUGCUGGUGGCCACCUUGCCCCUGACGUCCCAGAGGGUCACUAAGAAACCCAAAGACUGGACGGAGGAAAAGGGUGGAGGAGGCAGGGCCGGACCCCAGCGCCCGCCCUCCAUGCCGACAGGAGGGCUGGGGCUGUGCGCCCUGCCUGUGGUGACACAGAUGGCCCCGGGACUGCUUCGAAGGCGCCUGGCUGAUCUGGGUGAUGCCCCCGGGCCUCCUCUCGACUGCAGUCUGAUGAGGUUACCGAUCAGCACAGGAAGUGUGUGUGUGUGUGUGUGUGGCCGGCGGCCCAGAGGCGAGGUGCGGGCGCAUCGUGGCGUCACUGCCCACUCCGGACGGCGAUGUCCCGGUUCCUGCGUCCUCGCGCUUCAGCGGCCGCUGCUACAUGCACGGAUGCCCCCGUUAAAUGAAUCCCUAAUAUUACUAUUGUUGUUGUUUUAAGUGCCGUUGAGUCUGACUGGGGUAAACAGAGGCAGUAAGGUUGGCACAGGACAGAGCAGGAAUUAUCACCAACCAGCCAUUUUGAAUGCCUCUGCUCUUCGGCAAGUUGCAGAAGGAACCAAUAUUUCUGCGAUGUGGGAAGACGACCUCCGGCCACUGCUGAGAGAGCGCUAUCCUGGAUCGCCAGGAAGCUAUGCUGCUCGCCAGCAUAUCAUGAAACGAAUUCAAAGACUUCAAGCUAACUGGGUCUUGGAAGUGGAUACCUUCUUAAGUUACACACCCUACGGGUACCGGUCAUUCUCAAAUAUCAUCAGCACCCUCAAUCCCACUGCUAAACGACACUUGGUCCUGGCCUGUCACUAUGACUCCAAGUAUUUCCCCCACUGGGACUACAGGGUGUUUGUGGGAGCCACCGAUUCAGCUGUACCAUGCGCGAUGAUCCUGGAACUUGCCAGAGCCUUGGACGAUCGGCUCCUUUCCCUACAGAACAUUUCAGACUCCAAGGUAGAUCUCUCGCUUCAGUUUAUUUUCUUUGAUGGGGAAGAAGCUUUCCUUCACUGGUCUCCUAAGGAUUCUCUGUAUGGGUCUCGGCACUUGGCUUCAAAGAUGGCAUCAACCCCACAUCCGCCUGGAGCAACAGACACCAAUCAGCUGCAAGGCAUGGAUUUACUGGUGCUAUUGGAUUUAAUUGGAGCUCGAAACCCAACAUUUCCCAAUUUUUUCGCACAAACUACAAGAUGGUUUAAGAGGCUCCAAUUUAUAGAGCAAGCACUCUACGAACUGGACUUGCUCAAGGAUCACUCUGUGUUUGAUUGGCAAUAUUUCCGGAGUUAUGAUUACAGAGCAGAGAUUCAGGAUGACCACAUUCCAUUUUUAUCAAAGGGUGUUCCAGUUCUGCAUUUGAUAUCAUUUCCUUUUCCUGAUGUCUGGCACACCAUGGAAGACAAUGAAGAAAAUUUGGACAAGCCAACCAUCGACAAUCUGAACAAAAUCCUACAAGUCUUUGUGUUGGAAUAUCUUAAUUUAUAA